AGAAAAACGCUCGUCUCGAUGUCCGUUCUUUACGUUUGAGAGAGUAAAGAUGGACUUUUGUUGUCGUCCAAAUAAAUGAGACGCCAGAAAAAGGCGCCCUCACUUCAAACCUUCACCAUACAGCACGUGCGCACAUGGCACCAGCUCGCUGUGACUUGUGACUGGACUGCAAUUCCCAUGAGCGUGCCUCCAUCAGGAGCCAACACAACAACCCCCCCCCCGCCACAGCUGGGAGUGGGAGGAGGAAAUUGAAGCGGAGGGGGAGUUUGGGAAAGAAUGCCUGGAAUUCAUUUCCUGUUCUGCAGCAGCGAGGAAACAUGAAGGGCUGAAGGAAGGCCCAAAGAAUCUGUCCAAAAGAGCCAAAAGCGGGAGCCUGCGGCAUGGCCCAGCCUCUGCUCAAGAGAACUUUCUCCCGGCUGCGAGGCAAGAACCGAUCCCGCAGGAAGACGGAGCCUCAAGUCAACGAUGCCACAGCGCAGUCCCACGUCACGCCGCGCAACUCUGGUGCGUCCGGGGGGGAGGCGGCGGUAGCGGGGCCCCGGUCUCCUCCCCUCGGCCGCUUAGCCGUGCCGUGGGCUCGGCGAGGAGCGGCCCCUGUGUGCGCAAAGUCGGAGUGUGCGCAGGACAAGCCAGCGGGCGGCGCAACAACUCAUCCAAAGACAGCGGCCGCCGUCGCCAACGAGCUGCCCGGCAGGCGGGCCUACCUGCAGAGCUUGGAGCGCAGCAGUCGUGACUGGGUGCUGUCCUCGGCGCCGGACGAGGCCGGCGGCUCGCAAAGCGCCACCACCGACAUUUGGUACAACCCCAUCCCGGAGGAGGAGCGGGCCAGGCUGGAGACGACGGGCGGCCCAGCGCAGGGAGGGAAGGAGGCGCUUUCCGCCGCCGCCGUGGGCUGCUCCAGCUCAGACAGCGCAGAAGGAGCGGACCCUCGGCCCGCCCUGCCCAGGAAAGGGGGAGUGAUGGACAGGCUGAUGUCUCCCGGCGCCGUGCGCAAACUCUCCCUGAAGAUGAGGAAGCUUCCGGAGCUCCGGCGCAAGAUCAGUCUCCGCUCCUCCCGGGUGGGACAGGGAGGCGGCGACGGGAAUGCCUCCGACGUCCUGAGUCGAUAUCAUCUGGACAGCUCAGCCCCGCCCGCAGCGCGCUCCGCCACUAAAGGAGGCUAUCUCAGCGACGGGGACUCACCUGAAGCGUCGCCGCGGCAACCAAGCCACCCGGCCUCCUUCCGCCACGUAGUGAGCGGCAUGCUGAGCGUUCACCUUCUGGCUCUGGACCUGGAGCGGACAAAGACAAAAGAGUCGGACGAGAGCCGGGACAUUUUUCUGGCAAUCCAGAUUGACGGAAUGGCUCGAGCCAGGACUUCCCUCCUUCGCCCGCGAGGUCACUCCCUUCCUUUGGACCACACCUUCCGCCUGGAGCUGGAGCGAGCGCGUCGACUCGGAGUGGCGGUGCUUAGUCCCGCCGCUCGCUUUGACCGAGCGGCUCGGCCGGGCAACGUGGUUUGCUGUCUGGGGGGCGUGGCCCUGCCGCCGCUCUUCAAAGGAAGUGGCGCUCGGCAGCUCAGCGUCAAGCUGGAACCCCAAGGCCGUCUGGACAUCAAAGUGUCGUUGCAGGAGCGACGAGACGCGCAGGGGGCCGCUAACCCGAGCGGACCCGCUCGUGUCUUCGGGGUGGAACUGCGUCGGCUGCUGGAGGAAGAAAGAUCGGCCGGCGGCGUGCCAUUGCUGGUCCAGAAGACGGUGGCGGAGAUCGAACGGCGAGGACUGAAGGCCGUGGGUCUCUACCGACUGUGCGGCUCGGCCGCAGUCAAGAAGCAGCUGAGGGACGGCUUCGAGAGCGACAGCUCGGCCGUCUGGCUCGGAGAGGACCUCUACCCCGACGUCAACGUCCUGACGGGAAUCCUCAAAGACUUCCUGCGCGAGCUGCCGUCUUCGCUCAUCACGGCCGCCUUGUACGAGGUGGUGAGGGAAGCCAUGACCCGGCGGCCCGCCCCGCCGCCGAGCCCGGACGUCCGCUGGGCCACGGUGGAGCUGCUCUCGUGUCUGCCGGUGCCGGAGAGGGCCACUUUGACUCUGCUGCUGGACCAUCUCAGCCUGGUGGCCCACUUCAGCCCUCGCAACAGGAUGACGCACCGAAACCUGGCCGUCUGCUUCGGCCCGGUGCUGCUCAAACGCGCGGCGGAGGCAAAAGGGGGGCCGGGAGGGGGGGAGGCGUCGGGGGAUUCGGCCCGCGCCGUCGACUUCAAGCUUCACAUCGAGGCCUUGCACUACCUGCUGCGGCUGUGGCCCGUGCCGACCCACCGAAUCCCAGCAGACGACGACGACGACGUCUGCCCCGCUCCUCGGCCCAAGCCGACCUGCCAGAGGCCAGACGGCGGAGCUUCGGAAGCGGUGUGGCGCCGGGGCCGGGGCGCCGUGGCCCGCUUGGACAGUCCGCCGCCAGCCAACCGCUACGCCGGUGACUGGAGCGGGCAGCGGCUCGCGCCCGGACGGGACGCCGAGUACGACGAGGUGGCGAGGAGCGAAAGCGACCCAGGUCACGUUUUACUUUGCCACGUCUUGAAGGUUCAGGUGGCGAAGAUGAUGACGACGACGACGGCGGCGGCGGCGGGGGAGAAGCGUGGCGCUCGGGAGCCCGCCGAGCGCCACGCUGCUGCGCCGAGGACCUGCUGGACUUUGAUGCUCCGUUUAACUGCCGACUCAGCCUGAAGGACUUUGACGGCCUGAUUAACGACCUGGACCGAGAGCUGGCCAAACGCGUCAACAUUUGCACGUAGAUACCGACAGAGGAGGAGCGAGGCCGAUUGGGCGACCGGGCUCGAUGAAGAAGUCCUUUGGGAAGGCUUGGCCGCUCGCCUCGCCGCGUCUCCCAGCCUCACUGGCGUCUCAGUAUUGAAGUCGACUCAUGCGUAACAUGAUUCAGGGUACGAACAAGUUGACGGAGGCUGUUCACCGUCGAUGGUACCGAGCGUGGGACGACGGCUGACGUACUAGGCAGUAUUCUUUCAUUUUGUACUAUGCACUUGGUCUUGUAAGCAAGCGGCCCGCCCAAAAUAAAACUCGCGCGCCAUGCACAACAUUUGA